AUGUCUUUCUAUAAACAGGAGGAAGAGAUAUACCACAAUGAUGGCCGCGAACCAGCCCUUUUGGCCUUCAUCGAAUCCCACCCCGACUACGACCAAAUGAAAGGCUCACCGCAGAGGAUCCUAGCCGCAAUCGACCAAUACGGACGAGAGAAGGAUUUUCUUAUGAACGUCGGCCAACACAAAGGAGACGUCGUGAGAAAAAGGAUUGCGGAACACAAACCCACUGUUAUGAUCGAAUUGGGCGGGUACGUCGGGUACUCGGCGAUUCUGUUCGGAAACGCCCUCAAGCAAGCAGGAGGCAGGAAAUAUAUCAGUUUGGAGAUCAGCCCUGUGUUCGCAUCCGUGUCCGCUUCUCUAGUCAAGCUGGCCGGUCUCGAUGAUGUGGUGGAAAUUAAGAUCGGGCCAUGCCGAGAUACAUUGCGAGCGCUCGGAAAGCUAUACGGGGAGCACGGCCUGGAUAUGAUAUUCUUUGACCACGCAAAGACCGCAUACGUCAACGACUUGAAGCUAUGCGAGGAACUAGGUCUGGUGGCUCGCAACACUGUGGUGUUAGCGGAUAAUGUCAUUUGUCCUGGGAAUCCGGCGUACUUGGAAUACGUUAGGGCCACGCCAUCGAAGAAACAGGAAAAACGCCAAUGUGAAGGCUUGGCCGGCAACAAUGAUCACUCCGUGGGCAAUCCACUGUUGGUCUAUGAUACAUGCAUUGUGCAUGGGUUGGAGCCAACGGGACAGCCGGAUGGAGUAGAAAUCUCGCGCUGCUUGGGGGUGGAGGCAUGA